AAAAUUGAGAGAAAAGAAAAGGAAAACGCGACAACGGUGUUCUGCUAAAUUCUGACAAAUUCGAGUAUACGAAUAUGAAUGAUGGUUGGUUCAAUCGCGUAUGCAGAUUAAGCCAUGGAAGAGAUGUCGGGUUCAGCAACAGCAAUAAACUCUACCAAUAUAGGAUUUCAGCUAUUGAAGAAGCAAGGGUGGAAAGAAGGGACUGGUCUUGGAGUCUCUGAGCAGGGUAGAUUAGAACCUGUGGAAACUUAUGUGAAGAAUAAUAAACGCGGUUUGGGAGCAGAUAAAGUGAAGAAAAAGGCCGUGAAAGUAAAACCUGAAUCGGAUCAUAGCGAUUCCUCUAAAGGGGACAAUCAACAGGACCAUUUACCUCGAAAGAAAACCAAAACACUUUCUAAACGGAUGAGAAAGAUGCAGGAGUUUGAAAAGAAGAUGCAGGAGAAGGAAUUUGAGCGCACUUUCUUCAGAGAGUUCUGGCCAGAAAAUGUGUAAAUAAGAAUCAAGUGGUCCAAUAUCGUGUCUGCAUUUCCUCUUGCAAUUACUUUUGUAGUACUGAUGAAGAUUUCAGAACUUGUGCAAGUUUGGAUCUUUAGGGCAUUUUCUCAGGGAUACAAGGAGUUACGGAAGGUUUUUGUGAACAGAAGGAAUUCAUCCAACCACCUUUACGAGCAAAUUUUCUUCACAUUGUCUUGGAGGAAUAUGUAAAAAGCGAGGGGAGAGGCACUGUAAACAUUGUAUUACUAUUUCGUCUAGGGGGGGAAAGUUAUCGUUAACCUGGGUUCCCUAAACAUUAUAUCCUCGUUAACCUAGGCUUUCCCUAAACGAUGCUUGUUUUAUUUCUUGGUUCCCUUGGAAGAGAUACUGAAAGCUCUCCUGUAUUGAACAUGUAAAGUCAAGCACAUUUUUUUCAAGGGAACUUCCAAUUGUUCCUGAAAGAAGCACCCAAGCCGAUUCGAUUAAGAAAUAAAGAAUCACCAAAUAAUUUUUCAA